AUGGCAGCACCAGUACUUCCCAACUCUGGCCCGCAGACGUUCCGCGUCCUCGUCCUCCCAGGCGACCAUGUGGGACCGGAAGUGAUGAAAGAAGCGAUCCGGGUGCUUGACGUCGUCGAGGCGUCGUCGCAGGGUCGAGUCAAGUUCCAGUACAACUGGCAGAUAUGCGGUGGAUGCAGCAUCGACAAACACGGCACGCCAAUCACGGACGAAGUGUUGCGAAUUGCAAAGGAGGAAAGCGACGCCGUGCUCUUUGGCUCAGCAGGGGGCCCUGAAUGGGGCACGAAACCACCCAAUCCCGAAGCCGGGCUCCUUCGGCUCCGCCAGCACCUCGACGCCUUUGCCAACAUCCGGCCGUGCAGAUUCUACUCGCGCAGCCUCGUCGAGCACUCUCCGCUGAAACGGUCGAUCGCCGAAGGCACCAACUUCAUCGUCCUCCGCGAGAACUGCAGCGGCGCCUACUUUGGACCCAAGGUCGAGGAGCCCGACAUGGCCAGCGACUCGUGGACGUACCGGCGCGAGGAGAUUGAGCGGUGCGCGCGCGUGGCUGCGGCGCUAGCGACGACCAUGGGCAGCGACGGCCAGGGCAACGGCCCCCCUGCGGUCGUGUGGUCCAGCGACAAGGCCAACGUGCUUGCGUCCGGCCGGCUGUGGCGGCGCGUCACGUCCGACGUCUUCGCCAAAGAGUUCCCGCACAUCGACCUCCGGCACCAGCUCGCCGACAGCCUCAGCAUGCUCAUGGUCAAGAACCCGCGCAUGUUCAACGGCGUCAUCCACACGGACAACACGUUCGGGGACAUGCUCUCGGACCAGGCCGGCGGCGUCGUUGGCACCCUCGGCGUGCUCCCCAGCGCGAGCCUGUGCGGCGUGCCUGACGGCCGCUCGCGCUGCCACGGCAUCUACGAGCCCGUGCACGGCUCCGCGCCCGACAUCGCCGGCAAGGGCCUCGUCAACCCGACCGCCCAGAUCCUCAGCGCCGCCAUGAUGCUGCGCUACUCGUUCGCCUUGCACUCCGAAGCCGCGGCCAUCGAGGCCGCCGUCGAAAAGAUCCUCGACGCCCGCGACAUUGGUGGCCUGGAAAUCAGGAGCGGCGACCUCGGCGGCAGCGCGACCACUUCCGAGAUGGGUGAUGCCGUCUGUCGAGUCCUGGCCGAGAUCCUCGACGGAAACAGCACUGGUGUCGCCACUGGGCAGAAUGGCUCUGCUACUGCUGCUGCUGCUGCUGCUGCUACGACGGCUCCUGGGGACAUGGUCUCGCCCGUGCACGAGACUCACAGCGGUGAAAACAAGCACUGGGAAAACCUACUGAAGAAAGAGCAUGGUCCUACAGGGCCAGGCGAGAGUCUCGUUCUUUGA